AUUUUUGCUGUUGCUCGUUCAGUGGCUUUUUUCCUUCGAGCGGAUGUUUUGGUCUAAAAAAAAAUACGUUUUCUUACACUAAUUUUGCUUGGUAUUUAUUUUAUUUUUUAAAUGUUGAACAUGAUGAAAUACAAAGAAAAGUAGAUGUUUUAACCAUUUUGGGGCUCAUUUGGUGACAGACAUUUGCUUUGAGUGUACCUGACCUCCAGCUCGCAGUAUUCAGCCCAUAAAGCGCUAUUCUCAGUCUUCGGGGAAAGUGAAAGUGUGGGUUUCUACUUUCGGUUUCGUGUGACCUUUGGCUAGUACAACCGCACUGUGUCCGCUGUGCCGCACCUUGUCCCACAGUGUCCUACAUGGCGUGAAUAUUAUGGGAGGGUCAGGCCUCAGAUCUUUGGUGUAGCCGAUAAAUCGUUACUGGCAAGGUAUUAUAAUGCCGCCUAAAAGGGGAGGUAAGUCGGCGUCAUCUAGCAGCAGCAGAAGAACAGAUAACUCCACUCCGACUAGCGCAGGCCGCAAAACAUCGACGACUCCCAAGCCUUCCUCUGCACAGCAACACCCCAGGGGUAACACCCGGUCCAGUCCACCCCACCACAGACCUGACAAAGAUGGUACGGCACAAACCUCGUCUCAGAGACCAUCAUCGUCAGCAUCGAGCAGGCCAAGUCAGAGGAGGGAUUCGACGGCCUCAGUAAGUUCCAUGUCCAGCAGGUCUGGUCGCGGGAGAUGUUCGGACCCUGCACCACAUGGAUUGCCAGUGUAUGGAAUGGAUUCUUCAGGAUAUAGCAGGCCGUCGUCCGCCCCCUUUCCGUUUGUCCUGCCUGGUCACACAGGCAGUGAAUUCGACAGAUUCUUUGAGUUGCUUCAGGGACAAGCAGGAGCUGUAGGACUAGGAGACGGAGGAAGAAGAGGAGACAGCGUUAGACAAUUUUCUGCAUCUUCGUCCUCUUCAAAGAAAGAAACGGGAAGAGGGAGACCCAAACUGUCUUCGACUACAACAUCCACAAGACAAAAAGAAAAUCCCGAUUUUCGUCGUUCAUUUGAGAUGUCGAUGCCACUUUUUUCACAUGAUGCGACUACGCCACAAUAUCAAGAAUACCCUGCUUUCGAAGGACUAACAGGCAGAGGAGGAGUAUUUGGAGGAGAAUCAUUAGACGGGGGAGAAAGAAUGAUGAGAGUAGGAGGGUUUGGAGACGGAGGAGGAGGAGGAGCGAGAGCCAGACUAUCGGCUUCCACCAAGAGUAUGGGGUCCGGUGUCAGCACAAGUAGAACAAUGAGCUGUAGAGGGACGAGAAGUUCCGAGUUGGACCUUAUUAAAGAAGCCGAUGAAGUGAUGAAAGCAGCUGAGAUAGAGAAGUCACCAAACCCCACAAGGCAGGGCAAUCAGUUUUUUGACGAUGAAGUGAAGCUGGGAGGCGAUGAGAAGCGUCAUGCAGCACAUGAGUUCUCGCGGCUCCGCAACAACCUGCUGGAGAGCCUGGACACGGGCAGUGAGUGGAAGUGGGAGGUGCUCAACUCCGGGUCUUCAUACGACGGUACGAAGGUGACCAGGCCGGACGAAAUGGACUGCAUGUUUUUUCCUGGAAACAUUUCUGAGGAUUGGAUGGAGAUUGACUUCCAUGGCGCGCCGCCAGGCUUCUGCUUCGUUAAGCUAAAGAAAAUCAGUGAACUCGACUCGAAGUACGAGGGUCUCAAAGGUCUUUGCGAAGACAGCACAAUGCGGAUCAAUGCCACCAAAUUCAAGAAGAUGACAUUUAAGCUUUUUAAGAAAGGAAUUGAAAACACACGUAACGCUAAAGCUGGACGUGCCGGCCCGGGAGCUGCAGCGUUGCCAGUGGAGUACAGGGUGAUUCCUAGCUCUGUAGGCAAGGGUUUGCUGCCAAUGUCUGUGGACCUAGUCCCAGCCCUGCGCUUUACAAUGUGGCCAAAAAAGUUAACAACUCUCCUGAAAAAAUUACCACCCAAAGUUGCAGAAGGCGUUGAGGAAGCUGGCCUUCACGUUGUUCCCAAACCAUGCCUCGACGAUAGAUAUGAAGAGGAUCGAGACUUCCUCUGGCGUCUGAGUUUCUCGGCAGCAGAAAAAGAGAUGACAAAGUUUCUUGACGGGAAGUAUCGCAACCCCGCGGCCGGGACCACGUGUCGGAAACAGGUUCUGCGCUUGAUGAAACGGAUCCUGGAGAUCAGUAAAGGCUUCAAGAACUCCAAGACUAAACGGUUCUGUGCCAAUGCUAAAGAACUCAAACUGGCCGUGACAACUCUUCAAAAACGACGAAAAGUCACGAUCAAACAUUUUAGUACAUUUACGAUUCGCACGGCCUUGUGGGACAGUUUCUACGUGCAGCACCGCGAUGACGACCACUGGCACAUCAGCAAGAAGCGCAGUCGCCUGCUGGACACGCUGGAGCUGCUGAAGAAGAUGUUGAUGGGGCAGACGACUGUGUCGCAGUUCUUCGUGCCCGAACUGGACAUCAUGAGCAGCGUGCCCGUGGAGGAGAGAGAAUUUCUCUACAUCAUCUUCACAAUUGUUGAAAAACUUUUCUAGAAGCCAGUCCCUGACACUUUUGAUGACUAUUAAAAUCUUGACGAUGAUCACGAGACUCCAGGGCAUUGUUGCAGUCUGACAUAAGAAUAGACAAAAUGAAUGAUUACUUAUUAAUCAUGCAUUUCAAAGUUUAAAAGAAACUGCUCAGCAAUAAAAUAUGACGAGAAAAAUUAAUAGGAACAAAUUCAGAGAGUAGAUCAUGUAUUCAAAUGUACAGUAUUCUGAAAUGAUAUUUACUAUUUUGUUGUGAUAAAUAAUGGAUCUUAAUUUUUUAAGGGCUGUUUGUUUAUCUAAAUAUGCUGCUCUUUACAGGCGGUAUUUUGUGAAAAAUAUUCUGAUUAUAUGGACAUAAUAUUUUGUUUACCUUUCUGUACAUUCUCUAGAACCGUUGACUACUUGUGAUAUAUUACCACAACAAUGACUAACUGUACUUAUGCAAGAGAUACUACAAGGUAACUCACAAUAAUGGUAAAACUAAUGAAUCCACUUGUUGUCCACUUAAGUGUUCGUUUUGACUAACCCUCGUAAUUGUCUAAAAAAAAAAAAAAAAAAGCCACGUGAAGCAAAAAUAGCCAGUUUCUACCGGAUAUAAAAGGUCAGAUGUAAAGACAAAUCAUUUAGAUGGUAGAUGGCUCAGCAAACAAGAUAUUUGGGAUCAAUGCACAUAUCCAGAUAAUAUUAUCUGCCACAGUAUUCCUACAUCAACAAAUUAGUUGAAGGGGAGCACUUCUAUAUUAAUCAAGUGAAAAAGUAAAUAUUUGAAGAACAGCUUAGUACACCUCUGUGGUUUGGUGCUGAGAGCUUUCCACUUACGAAAAACAGUAUUCUCAUCUACCCUGAUGAGUACAUCUGAUAUAUUUCAAAUAUACAUCUGAUGUAUUUCAAAUUGUGUUUGUGAGAACAUCGUAUGCAUACAUGUUAAAAGAACACAUGCUAAAAGUUGGAGCGCUUUGAUGAAAUACAAACGGAAAACAAUGAAGUAUUUGUACGAAGGUUGUUGUUUUAAAUAAACAUAUGAAAAUAUUUUGGAAAUAAAUGUUUAAAUAUAUGAAUCAUUUUGAAA